GUGGUCGUUCCACAGGGAUUGAUCCAGUCGGGUAUAAGUAACAUGAGUGGAGUUCACUCACACCGUGUCACUCACAAAGCUUACAAUUGCCAUAUCAACUCAGUGCAAUCCGCAAACACUGUUGGUCUCUUCGAUUCCAGGCGAGACAACUUUCCCGAGGUAGCAAGUUAAGCAGCGAUGGCAAUCUCCGCAGCCGCCUACACCUUGUGUGUGGUGCUUUGCAUCUGCAGCUUUCAGACAUCGGUGUUUGCGGCGUCCAAGCCGCUGAAACUGACGUACUACGCUCACGAGACCCGCGGGGGACCCAAUGCCACCCUCUUGCCUGCUGCUGGAACCGGGCAGGGCAACUUCAGCGCCCUCGGAUGGGGAAGUUUCCUUGUGUUCGACAACGGAUUGAAGGAAGGAGCUGCACUCGACAGCAAGUUGCUGGGCAGAAUUACAGGAUUCGGAGCUAUAUCCACCGUCGGAGGAUCGGCAACGGGAGGCGUGCAGGUCACUAGCAAGUUCUGGUUCGGCGAUGGAUCCAAAUACCCCGGCUCGAGCUUCACAGUGGUGGGCACCCUGUCUUACGGCCCAACUCCCUGGGAAUUGGUGGUCAUCGGCGGCACUGGAAAGUUCCGAGGAUACUCUGGCUACGGACUGGCCCAGCCCGAGAACUCCACCACCGUGCCUCCGAUUUACGUGAACAAGUGGAACUUCUACCUCACCAAGAAGUAGACUAUAACUCGUCGUGACGAAGGUCGUGUUUAUGUGUCCUAUAGCACCAGAUUUUGGCUCCACAACACGCAGACUUAUGCCAAGCUUGAUCUGACGAUGUAGGAGUUUAAGGUACACCACGCAUCAACAGCUGACGGUCACGUGGCUGUGGAGUUUGCGAAAGCGGAGACUUCCGGUAUAUCAUUGAUCGGAAUAAUGAGUGAGCUGUUGUGAACAAUUUGAUUCGGGUGUUCAUACUCGGAGUAUAGUAAAGAUAUACCUUGCCCACUUUGUGUGCGGAAUCUACA